AUGGCACACCUCGCACGCACUCUACCCAGAAGGGCACUGCCCAACCAACUCACGCCCUACCUGUGCAAAGCCCAAGCACUGAGUACAGCCACAAUCCAACCAAAGUUUCAACGAACCCGCCGAACUCCGACACCAACGCCUAACCACCCAAAACCCUCCCUCUCCCAACUCAGAACCUACCACUCAACCUUGCACCCCCGCCUCCCAGACCAUGAAUACACAAAUUCGCAAACAGCAAUUCUAACCGCAGCCCUCGACCACGUCCCAGCCCACGGCUUCACCAGCACGGCAUUGACACUCGGAGCCCGUGACGCCGGGUUCCUAGACGUGUCCGUGCAAUUGCUCCCGCGCGGCGAAUUCGACUUAAUCCUCUUCUGGCUUGCCAGCCGACGAGGACUUUUGCGCGGCAAGGUCGAGGAGGGAGGUCUAUUCCGGCGGAUUGCAGCGGAGCAGGGCAAGGAUGUCUAUGAGCUUGGUGUUGAGGAACGGGUCCGCGGGUUGCUUUUGGAGAGGCUGAGAAUGAAUGACGAGGUCAGACAUGUCUGGCAGGAUGCUCUCGCGCAAAUGUCGCUGUGGUCUAAUAUCCCUCUUUCCCUCACGGAACUGCAUGCCCUUGCAUCUGAUAUCCUUACUCUAUCGGGUGAUGCGUCUGUCGAUGCAGCGUGGUAUUCGCGCCGUGUGGCUGUAUCGGCCAUCUACGCUAGCGCUGAGGUCGUUAUGACGCGCGAUCCGACGCCUGAUUUGUCGGAGACUGCUGCGUUUGUUGAGCGCCGGUUCGAGGAUCGUCAGGCUAUUGCUGAUAAACUCACUGGUUUGGGUCAAUGUGCUAGCUUUGGAUGGAAUACUGCUGUUGGACUUGGCCGCAGCUGGGGGUUGAAGAUUUGA